CCGGUUCUUCCUCCCACCUGGAAUAGUGCUGGGCUAGAUACCUGGAGAGCUGUUGGUAAGAGCUGCUUUGAUAUUUCCUAAACGACCUGCUCUUUCCCGUUUGUUCCAAUCUGAAGAGUGGGCACAGACCUUCCUUGCUUUCAGCUCUGAUAUUUCAGUCCUUCAUGUUGAAGGAAGAGAGGCUUCUGAGGUAUCUUUACUCCCUAAAAGGAAAAUUCAAGGGCUGAUUAUGUCAGAAACUAAUAAAGAGCUGGUUGAUUUGGUGUGGGGUAAGAAAAACUGCAAAGGACUGGUUGAUACCAUCUUCAGCCGAUGGACACAAGGAUUGGUCUUCAGUGAAUCCGAACCAACAGCUUUGGGACAGUUUGAAGGUGGACCUUGUGCUGUAAUAGCACCAGUGCAGGCUUUUCUGCUAAAGAAUCAGUUGUUUAUUUCUGAGAAGUCUGAAUGGAGAAGCUGCCAAGAUGACGAACAGAGGGACCUUUUGUGCCAAACAUUAAGUGACAUUAUGGAAAUGGUGAGCGUUAAUAAUAAUUCCAGCUCCUUUUGCUUGGCAGUCUGGAUGAAAGGGAAAACCACUCCAGAACCUGAGAGGGAGCUGCCUGCAGAAUCCAGCCAACAGGGAGAGCAACAGACUUCCUUGGCUGCAGAGGAGAUUGGCUUUGAGAGAUUUCAUGCAUUAAUUCAAAAAAGAACCUUCAGGGAUUUUAGUGAGCUCAAGGGUGCCAUUUGGGAUGAGUACCUAAUGUGGAAGAAUACAUUUGGAGUUCUGCUAUUCCUGUACUCUGUUAUUCUUACUAAGGGAAUUGAAAAUGUCAAAAAUGAAAUUGAAGAUGUUGAGGAGCCUUUGAUUGACCCUGUUUAUGGUCAUGGCAGCCAAAGUUUAAUCAACCUCCUGCUAACUGGACACGCCGUUUCAAAUGUGUGGGAUGGAGACAGAGAGUGCUCAGGGAUGAACCUGCUUGGUAUUCAUAGCCAGGCGAACAUUGGCUUUUUAACUUUAAUGGAAUCAUUACGAUAUUGUAAGGUUGGUUCCUUCUUAAAAUCUCCUAAGUUUCCAAUCUGGGUAAUUGGAAGUGAAACUCAUCUGACUGUGUUUUUUACCAAGGAAAUGGCUCUGGUCGCUCCUGAGUCUCCUUCUGAACAAGCCAGAAGAAUUUUCCAAACAUAUGACCCAGAAGAUAAUGGAUUUAUUCCUGAUGCUUUGCUAGAAGAUGUCAUGAAGGCAUUAGAUCUUGUAUCAGAACCUGAAUAUGUAAACCUCAUGAAGACAAAAUUAGACCCAGAAGGACUUGGGAUCAUAUUACUGGGGCCAUUUCUUGAAGAAUUUUUCCCUGAACAGAGUUCAAAAGUCCCUGAAUCUUUUAGCGUUUAUCAUUAUAACGGACUAAGGCAAUCAAACUAUAAAGAGAAGGUCACUUAUACUGAAGGAACAGCUAUCAUGGGGUUUGAUCCUCAGUUACAGACAGAUGAUACGCCAAUCAAAAGGUGUCUACAAACCAAAUGGCCAUUUGUAGAGCUUCUCUGGGUCACAGAUAGACCCCCUUCAUUAAAUUGAUCCAGGAACAAUAACCCUAAGAUUAUAUUGUGAUAUUAAGGGUCACAUGGAAUUUACAAUUAACUGGAAAUCUGUUCUGUUUAUGGGUAAAUUGUUAACAGAAGUACUAAAAUGUAAAUGUAUGUACAGUGCAAAUAUUCAUUUUAGUAUUUAUGCGUUUCUAUAUCCUAUUUGUUUUGCAAUAAAAUAAAUGACAUUUAAAGAAAUGUAUAAUGACUUUACAGCAGAUGUGUACAAGGAUUCAGUACAUCUACUCUAUUUUAAAUGGAAGAGGAAUAAACAAAAUGUAUUAAACCUUUCCAUUUCUUGUUCAUCCUUUUACAACAGAUCCCAUUUAUAAGACACUGGUUUUUAAAUACUUAUGUGGAAAGCAUGACGACUUUUUUCUAGAUCUAAAAAUAUAACUGCAUAUUUUUAAUGCUGAUGUCGUGUUAAAUGCAUUGGGAAUGAGAAAGUGACAAUAUAAAUGUAAGAUGGAUUUCAAUCAAAUAUUAGUUUACUAUGUCUAAGGAAUCUGAGAUUAUGAAUAUGUAUUUACUUUAAAUGAUCGCUAACCCCUUCAGCAUGGAAAUACUAUUAUGAUUUUUGUAUGAUUAUCUACAUGUUAUUGCCAAAUACCUUUUGUUUUGGCUCUCUCUGGACUUAAGCUACUCCCAUCGUCCUGUUUAAACCAUACUACUAAGAGCACGAAAAACAUCUGUUACUGUAUGAUUAUGCUCCAUUAUUUAUUAUGAUCAAGUUGCUGGCCUUAAAUAAACAAACUUUUUUUCUGAA